CUUGGUUGCUUGUUCUGUUUAGCCCCCAGAUGCCGAGGGUGAUGUGAGACAUCUCGUUUUCGUUGAGACUUGGACUUGGGCUUUGAGAUUUUUGGCAAAUCCUCCUCGUAUAGAGAACUGUCAGACUUACACAAAGCAAAGACUAAUAGGGCAGGUAGUAGCUAUGAGGCAUAUUUGCAGAUGUCGGUAAGAGGAGGCCAGUCGGCGAGAAAACUUUUCCAAUACAAUCUAGAACAUCAAUCACUUAUCUACUCAAAUUCGCCUUAACAAGCAACCGCAACAAUGCAAUUCACCAGCAUCCUCUUCCUCGCUAUCCAGGCUACUGGCGUCCUCUCAGCUUCCUACGCCGGCAACACAGGCGUCGCUCCCGACCUCUCCAACUCCUCCAUGCCACCCCCAGGCACGGCAUGGGCUCGCUCAUCUGAUAAAUUCAAUCCCCUCACCGCCCGCGGUUGCGUCUCUACCGCUCCGUUCGGAUGCGAUCUCGGCAAAGGCCGCUGCUGGAAAGUCUGCGGUGAUGGCGGACAGUGGUGCUGGACUGCUGGCGGUGAUGGAUCUGGAGACUGGAACACUUGCUCUGACUGGGGACAGUGCAACCAGCAGCAGUCAUGUGGGAAGAAUUGCCACAACGCUGCGGAGUGUGGAUGCAGUUGCUAGAUUAUUCAAGAAAGGGGGUUGGUGGGCAGGAUGCGUGGUUGGUGCUUGGGGAUUAUGGCUGAGCAGGUUGUCACUCCUUGUUAUUUCAGGCUGAUACGGAGAGGAUUUGGUUGUUGCUCUUCACUCUCAUUACGCUGCAUACUCAAAUACAAAUACUAAG